AUGGGAGACGCAACCGAUCCGCAGCCGUCAGAAACAGUUCUUCCAAAGCAGACAUGGGCAUCAUUGCUGGGCAAGUACCCGGAAGUCAAAUUUGUCUGGAUUCGAUUCAGUCCGGUACUGGGUGGGCUCCUUGCCUACAUGGUUCCUGUUCAACGAUUCUCCCGAAUGAUCGAAGACGGCCAGAAAUGUAGUGUCGGUACAUUCAAUCUGACGCAUUCUGGCCACGACAACUCUAUGGCUUCAGAUGUUCCAUUCUGUGGCUCCUUGUACUUGGAACCCGACCUACAAGCAGUCUUUCCCUGGUUUCAUAUGACCUCGGGAGCGCCUCGCCUAGAGGUUUUCACCAGAACGCUGAACGAACACGGAGAUCCUGCGGUGGAAUGCCCGCGCACAAAUCUUAAAGGGCUCGAACAAAAACUAGCCCAACAAUACCAAUCUAACAUCCUAGUGGGUGUCGAAGUUGAAGUUAUCUUCAUUCGGAACUCUGACCGCGACGGUCUGGACCCUUUGGAUCAGUCUAUCGUGCAUCGCAGCCAUGUUUUCGCAGGUGCAACUGCGGCUAUGAAGCGCACUACUGUUGCUAUGGUUGAAGAAAUUGUGACCAAGGCGUUGGACAUGGGAAUCGAGAUAGAUCGGUACCACGCCGAGAUGACGCCAGGUCAAUGGGAAUUCAGCUUGCUCCCGCAGACGCCUGUUCAAGCGAUUGAUAUGCUCCUACAAUUUCGUGAGGUCUUAGAAAUUAUUGCUCGUGAGCAUGGUUUCAUGGCGACGAUGCACCCAGAGCCAUUUUCGGGUCGUUUGGGGUCUGGCGUCCACAUGCAUAUUUCCUGGAACUCCCCGGUGGGCGCAGAGCAAGCCGACGAUCGGGAAACAGCUCAGGCCGAAUCCUUCUUUGCGGGCAUGAUUGAGCAUUUGCCCGCCAUUGUGGGUGUCGCAGCACCUCUGGACGUCAGUUUCCAACGGCUUAAGCGUCUAUGUGUUGAUGAUGUUUUCUGGGGAUGGAACAACCGUUAUGCGCCUUUGAGGCGCAUCACAUCGAAUCGCUUCGAGUUCCGUCUCAUGUGUGGUACUGCCAAUCCAUACCUUGUCCUGGCCUCCAUUCUCGCGGCCGGAUCUGAUGGGCUGCACCGUGGUGUCAAUUUGCGGGCGGGUCCGUGUCAAUUCCCAUCAGUGGAUCUCAGCGAAGAUGAUCGUUCUGACCUGGGAAUUGUGGCCAAGAUCCCACGCGAUAUUGAAGAGGCAACGGAAAGUCUCCGUAGGGACGUCGUGUUGGCCACAUAUCUGGGGCAGCCGCUGGUACAGGCCUACCUUCACUCGAUUGUCUCAUACAAUCAAAGGCUGCGGCAGAUGAAUCCAGCAGAACAAUCAAGGUUUUUGAUCGAAAUAUACUAA